GUUCGCGUUUUAUAAUAGGCUGUAAACAAACAUACAUAAACACAGACUGGAAAUAACUGUAUGUAUAUACGGCCUAUAGCACGCCUAUCGCCCUAUCUGUCCAACAUUUAUUUACAAGCGAUACGCACUUAAGUACAUCAAGUAUCAAGCAAGUGAACCGAGAACUGCCACAGCUGUAGGCUAUUCUUAACAGUGCAGAGAUAGGUUUAAAUGUCGGAAUAAAGUAUGUUUGAUCGAGAAACAACGAUAUAUUUAUUUAAAAUGGAAAAUACUAUAAAGUAGGGUUAUAAUCCUGUGAAACAGGAGAGGAAGAGGCGAAGAGGCAAAGGGAAAACGGAAAUCAACCCCUGGAAGUUAUCAAAGUUUUUGUUUCGAAACCUCAAACCCCACUUUCUCGUGUCCAUUAAUGACAUUGCAAAAAGGAUGAUUUGACGAUGUAACAAAUGUUGGCGAUUUGGUAUGGUGAUCUCGCAAGAGUGCAUUGAUUUCUGUGGAUUCUACAUUACCUAUUUGGAAUUUAAGGGCAUUCUUAACCAUUUCAAAUGUUCAUGAUGUUAAGAAUUUAGUGUAUUCUCCAUAAGAAUGUCAAGAGUUGAGAGUGUGCUUGGGGAUGCCAGAAUAUCAGUAGGCAUAUGUUAUUUGAUGUCAAUAUAACAGUGUGUUCUCCUUAACUAUGCCAAUAUUAUAAUGUGUUCUCCUUAACGAUGCCAACACUGCCCAACACUAUUGUAUAUUCUGCGUAACAAUGCACUGUAACAGCUAUAAUAUAGUUGAUCUAAUUUUUAUCUAAAAUAAGGUAAAGAGAAGCAUUAUAGGCCUACCAAAUGGAAGGAACGCCAUUACUACAGAGCCGAAUGGCUCAGAAGCCAUCAACCUCUCCAGGAAAUCUUAAGAACUUAAUAUUAAUCAAUGUUGUUAUAUUAUUAGUUUCCAUGGGAACUUGUAUAAUGACCAUUGUAGUACCUCAGUAUAUCUACAAACGAGUCGGAGAAGAACUCUACUCUAAUGUUACUCUUAAACAUUUAAAAAACCAGUCCCCUUGCUUCCGGAAUAUUUCGGAUCCGAACUACAAGAUACAAGUAAAUGUACAGGAAACCACCAGUGUUCGAUUGACGCAACUAAUUCUGUUUAACAGCAUUCCUGCUAUUUUCACUGUUGCCAUUUUGGGAGCCUACGUCGAUUAUUUGGGCAGAAAGGCCAUUUUGAUAAUUGCCUUGUUCGGCCAUUUUGCAAGAAAUUUGUGUUUGACUCUGGUUAUUUUGUGGAAUCUCAACACAGAUUAUCUAUACAUUGGAUUUGGACUUGAUGCUGUUUGUGGGGGCUUUUGUGCUUUAUUAUUACUGGGAUAUGUUUUUACUGCAGACCACACGCAAACAUCUGAAUCAAGAACAUUCGCUAUGGGUGUGUUGGCCGUAAGUAGUGGAUUAGCCAACUGUCUUGGAUACAUCUUGACCGGAUAUCUAAUUGAAAGACUUGGAUUCUUCUAUCCUAUGUUAAUUUCCUCUCUCUUGAAUUGCAUUGGUUUGGCUUUAUCUGUAAUAUUUGUUUCUGAAACAUUAGAACGCCGUCCAAAUUCCUGUAUUUCUCCUCAGAAAGGUUUGAGUAACGUGUUCGGAUUCUAUUUCAGUAAAGUUUAUGAUGGUAGACGGGGAAUCUUCUGGUUAGCCAUGUUGGGGUUUUUAUUUUCUGUGAUAAGUACUGUGGGUGGAUCUAAUAUUAUGACAUUAUUUAUGUUUGAUUCACCGCACUGUUGGGACCCGAUUAAACUGGGAUGGUAUAACACUAUUGGUAUGGGUGUAAUCAGUAUCUUUGGUCUGGUUACGUUACGAUUGAUGCAACUAUUUUUCUCAGAAGGUACCAUCGCUUUGAUUGGAUCUGUCUCUAUUGCUGCUUACGAUAUUUAUUUGGGAUUCUGCAACACAGAUUUGAUGGUGUACUGUGCACCGUUAUUUGCCCUGUUUAGCUUUGGAACCUAUCCUGUUAUCAGAUCUAUCAUUUCACAGAUGGUAACAAAAGAGAGACAAGGAUCUAUAUUUGCCAGUAUAGCAUUUGUUGAGGCGAUUUGUUAUGCAUCAGGUAGUCCAGUCUUCAGUUAUAUUUACAAAGCAACGGUUGGCAAUUUUAAAGGUGCAGUCUUUCAAGUCAUGGCAGCAAUGCACAUCAUAGCUUUUAUCAUGUACUUAUUACUGAUCAAGAGAAGAAAUAACUACAGCAAAAGACAGGAAUUACCUCUGAGUAUUCAAGCUGCUGAUGAAGAUACAAUAGAGAGCUACGAUAAUAUUAAUUGAUGAUUUAAAAUAACCCUUUCCCUGGAUAAUAUUAAUCUCUACAGCUUCCAUCUUCAUAAGCCAUAAUUAGAGCAGAAAAGUAUGAUGAUAAACCCCAUUUCAUUCCUAUACAACUUAUCACACCUUCAACAGAUAAUAGUAAUCUCUAUGGAUAACAGUAAUCUAAUUACAAACUUAUCACCCAUUCUAUGGACAAUAGUAAUCACUUAUCAUACCUUCAACAGAUAAUAGUAAUCUCUGUGGAUAACAGUAAUCUAAUUACAAACUUAUCACCAGUUCUAUGGGCAAUGGUAAUCACUUAUCACAUCUUCAACAGAUAAUAGUAAUCUCUAUGGAUAACAGUAAUCUAAUUACAAACUUAUCACCCGUUCUAUAGAUAAUAGUAAUCUCUAUGGAUAACAGUAAUCUAAUUACAAACUUAUCACCCGUUCUAUGGACAAUAGUAAUCACUUAUCACCCGUCCUAUAGAUAAUAAUAAUCUCUAUGCCCGUUCUGUUAAUAUUAGUAAUCUCUAUACAAAUGAUCACCCUUUCUAUAGAUAAUAGUAAUCUCUAUUCAACUUAUCACCACUUCUAUGGAUAAUAGUAAUCUUUGUACAGCUUAUCGGCCCUAGUAUGGAUAAUAGUAAUGUCUGUACAACUUGACAACCUCUUGUUUAUUCAAAGAAUGAGAGGAGGGAAUGGGGUUAAAUGUCCACUGUCAUUUUUUAAAUAACAUGAUACAAUGUUAUUUCAAUAAUUCACUUGCACAUAGAGGUCUUUAGCAUUGUGAGGACCCAGAGAAAACCACAUACCUCCUCCCAGUGCUUGUUCAUACACCUACCUCCAAAAUGGUUGAUUCUUCAAUAUCAAAUUGAAUCCCAAUUGUGUGAAAGAACUGUUAACAAAUGCAUAAAUGCAUAAUUUAGCAUAUACUAGCUGUAUAUAAGAAAAUUACAUUCCAGAAAUUAAAUGCAAAAAUCAUUUUAAUGCAAAAAUCACAAUUGCUUUUUUUGUUUACAUAUUUAUAUGGUUAAUUUUAUUUUUGACAAAUAAAUCAUCGAUAAUCA